AGUGCGCACACGUGUAGUUACAUCACGACCCGGCGUUUCUCGUAGGAGCGGCAGCCGAUACUUAACUCUAUUUUGCUCAACCACUUGCUCUAUCUACUGGCAUUCAGCGAUGACUACACGAGAUGCAGUGAUAUGUAGUGUCAGUGCUCUGGCUGCCUCGGCUUUGGCGGUGGCCGUCUAUAGGUAUUUCCCAAGACGAAAGCAAAAUGCCUACGAUACCAAAAAGCUGGUAAACGAGUACCUACUUUUCCACUAUGGCAAACCAGAGGAAGUGCUUAUGUAUGAUUUCGGGCCCAAAGAUGCGCUGGAUUUCCCGAGGAGAUGUGCCGAUCUAUGCAUAGAGCAUACUGGGGAUGAAGUCCCCUCAUUAGCUCUGGACAUUGGUUGUGCUGUUGGAAGAUCAGCAUUUGAACUGGCCCGUCACUUCAAACAUGUUGUUGGAAUUGAUUACUCCAAUGCCUUUGUUGAUACAUGCAUCCAAUUGAAGCUUCUUGGAAAGCUCAGCUAUGAGGCAACAACUGAAGGAGUGCUCACAUCUCAACAUGAGGCUGUUAUUGAUUCACAAAUCGAUAGAAGCAAGACCUCAUUUCAGCAGGGAGAUGCCUGCAAUUUGCCAUCAGAUCUUGGGCAGUUUGGUUGUGUUUUGGGGGCUAACCUCAUUUGCCGUCUCCCCAACCCAUAUAAGUUUCUGGAUCGGCUUCCCACCCUGGUCGCACCUGGUGGUAUCGUUGUCCUGACCUGUCCAUUUACAUGGUUAGAAGAAUAUACUCCUAAGAAACUGUGGCUUGGAGGAUACACAGACUCAUCAGGGAAUCCUGUUAGUGGAGCAGAUGCACUGAAAGCAUAUCUACAGCCAAACUUUGAACUGAUUGAAACCAAAGACAUGCCUUUCUUUAUCCGAGAGACGGCACGCAAGAAUCAGUGGUCUGUAGCACAAGUGUUUAUUUGGAGAAGGCGUAAAAACACUGUUGAGAAGUCUUGAGCUAUAAAAACAAUGCAAUUUAAAAAUUUAAAUAAUCGACUCUUGUAUAAAUCACUGAUUGUAGUAAUGCAAGAUAUAAUUUAAAAAGAAUUCACAAAUUGCAGGUUAGAGAGGGGCAUUUUGUUAUUUAAACAUACUUUGUUUUAUUUGAAUGUAUUUACAGUGUAGAGGGCCAAUGAUAAAUGUGUAAAAAGUAAAAGAAAAAAAGUAAAACUUAAAAGGCCUAA